CGGAAGGACAGUAUUUUUAAAGAGGUAAUAAUGCCUUAAAAGAAGGUAGCAGUAAUAUCAAUCAAUCUUCGUCAUUUCCAGGCAGAACUGUCUGGAGAUUUUCACAGCUCUACGCCCUCAGAGAAGAUGGAGGCAGCAGAUGCUCCACGCUCCAUGGUCGCUGGACCCUCCACGCUGUGGCGUUUGAGCGAACGCCGAAGCCGCAAGGCCGGCUCUGCCAACAUCUUUUGCGGGGUGAACCUGCGACAGCUGCAGCGUCUGUUCCAGGCGGCGGGCGAUCAGGACGCGGAACAGAGAGCCCAGCUGGUCUGGGACCACGCUAACGAAGCAGGUUUGGCACAGGCCCUGAUAAGUCUACGGGCACGAAAUCGGAGAAGUCGGAAGCGAAUGGAGAGCUCCAGAGAUGCCUUGGGACCAAGAUGGCUCCGCGCGUUUGGACAUCUCAGGAUCAGUGAGAGCACAGUGAAGAACCAAAGCAACAAAGAGGAAAAUCUGACAUUAGAGCCCAGCUCCUUUCCAAAUUCUAACACACCUCCCGCGGACUCCUCAGAGAACCAGAGAGACGUCCCAGGUAUGGGCACGCAAAAGGAACCAGAGAUGAUUAGGAAUGGUCCACUCUACUCUCUCUCAGGCAAGAUGAGCUUAGUUUUGAAGAACAAGGCUGGGAGUGACCCAGAACGCUUCCUGCACCGUGUCAUACACUGAAAACAACAGGAAAACCGGGCUCAAGACUGAAAAACAGGGUCAAAGACAAGUAUGAAGUCUGCCUUUGGUAAACAUGUCUCAACACUAGUUGGCCUUAUUAACCAACUUAACGAAGUAAUGAACUAUUAUGUCAACACUAGAUAUUAAAUGUAUUAACUUACUGGGUUUUUUUUUUAGCAGACCUCAUUCCUGACAAACAGCCUUACUUUAGUUAUUUUGCACUGUUACAGAUUCGUUUCAUAAUUCCAUAAAACCAACUUAUACUGUAAAACUGAAGCUGUUUUUUU